AUGUGGUACAAAGUUGAACGUUUGAGGGAUCCGCAAAAGCUUCUUGAGGAGAACCCUGAUACCCCAAAUAAUUCUUGUUGCUCUCAAGCCUUGCUAACUGAUAAGAUUAUGAAAUUACCGAAAGCACAGCUGGUUCAAUUAAACUCCAAGAAGGCAGAUGUUCUCUCCAGUGGAAAGGUUGCUUUAGAGGCCAAUGCGGUGUAUCUUCCAAAGUUGCUCAAGACUUUGAACUUGCACUGUUGUAUUGUAUACUACUUUGCUAAAGCUCUUAACGAGAAGAUUGAUCAAGCGUUGGGGAUAAUUUCAUCGGACAAACUUAAAGGUCAAGAAUGGUUGCCAAUGGCUGAGGAGCUGGAUAAGAAUUUUCUAGAACCUGUGAUCAUGUCAUGUCAACAGGAAGUCCCAUUCUGUCUGGAAACACAAUUCAUAUCAAGUCAAUCCAUACUGGAAGCUGUGACAGCAGCUAAGAAGGUUCGUUUAAUGGAUUUUGAAAUUGAUAAUGGUUCACAGUGGACACUGAUUAUGGAAGCUCUUGCUGUCCAUCAUGAAUGCCCUGUUGAACUUCUCAAGAUUACUGACGUUGGAACCUGUGAAGCAACCAUGGAAAAGAUGGGCAAACGUUUGUCAUCUUCUGCUCAAACCAUUAACUUACCUUUCUCAUUUAAGAUAGUUGUGUCAGACCUCAAGGAUCUCAAGGAAGAAUUCUUCAAUUCAGAGGCUGAUGAAGCUGUGGCAAUUGACUUGGCAUACCGGCUUUGGUAG